AUGGCUACGAAUAUUAAUCAAAGACAUUCCACCAAGGUUAGUCGUGGUUAUUCCCCGCUAUCCCUUAACAUAAGUGAAGGUACCGUGAGCCAACAAGAAAGACAAGAAUUGCUCGGUCAACAAGGUUUGACGAUUUGGUUGACUGGUUUGUCUGCUUCUGGAAAGUCGACAAUCGCUACUGCACUCGAACAACACCUCCUCCACCUCCGCAAAUCAGCUUUCAGAUUAGACGGUGACAACAUUAGAUUCGGCUUGAAUAAGGAUCUUGGUUUCUCCGAUAAGGACAGGGAGGAGAACAUAAGAAGAAUCGGUGAAGUCUCCAAGCUGUUCGCGUCUUCUGCGGCGUUGACAAUCACGUCAUUCAUCAGUCCAUAUAAGAAGGACAGAGACUUCGCCAGACAGCUCCACGAGGCACAAGGUUUGCCUUUCAUUGAGGUAUACGUGGAUGCGCCUCUUUCUGUCGUCGAACAAAGAGAUCCAAAGGGUCUUUACAAGAAGGCGAGAAGCGGUGAAAUUAAAGAAUUUACUGGUGUCUCCGCACCUUAUGAGGCACCUGCAAAUGCUGAACUGCAUAUCAAGACGGAUGAGCAUGAUGUAGAGGCCAGUGUUAAAAUUAUCACCGAGUACCUCCAAGGAAAGGGAUUUCUGGGAAACUAA